AUUGUUGUCGUUUGUGAAACCCCUCCUCCCCGCCUCCCCCUGAGCGGGGCCCCGAGCCAGUCAGCAGCGCCGCAGAGUUCAGUUCAAUCGGGCCGGGGAGAGGAAUUGAGAGGGGUGCCGCGCGGCUCCAGGACAAGACCCGACAGUAAACUGACUCGGAAUGGAUACUCACGACACAUAUUUACAUCUCCACACUAGUGCUCUUAAUUCGCCCCCCUCUCAGCCACUACCCAUGAGCUCCAUGGUGGCUCAUCCAUCCGUCAUCAGUUCCUCCCGCCCACUGCAGUCUCCCAUGAGCACCCUGGGCUCGUCCAUGAAUGGCCUGGCCUCUCCCUACUCAGUCAUCACCCCGUCUCUGGGCUCACCGUCCGUUUCCUUGCCCUCUACACCCAGUAUGAGCUUUAACACUCUCAACAGCCCUCAGAUGAACUCUUUGAAUGUGAAUAGCUCAGAAGACAUCAAGCCUCCACCAGGAUUGGCUCAGCUGGGCAACAUGAGCAGCUACCAAUGCAGUAGCCCUGGAUCCCUCUCCAAACACAUCUGUGCCAUUUGCGGGGACCGAUCUUCAGGGAAGCACUAUGGUGUUUACAGUUGUGAAGGUUGCAAAGGCUUCUUUAAGAGGACCAUCCGAAAAGACCUGACCUACACGUGUCGAGACAGCAAAGAGUGCCUGAUCGACAAACGUCAGCGCAACCGCUGCCAAUACUGCCGCUAUCAGAAGUGCCUAGCCAUGGGCAUGAAGCGGGAAGCGGUUCAGGAAGAGAGGCAGCGUGGGAAGGAGAAAAGUGAUAAUGAGGUGGAAUCAACGAGCAGUUUUAAUGAAGACAUGCCUGUGGAUAAGAUUCUGGAUGCAGAGCUUGCAGUCGAACCCAAGACUGAGACAUACACAGAGAGCAGCCCUGGCAACUCUACAAAUGACCCAGUCACUAAUAUCUGCCAUGCAGCUGACAAGCAACUGUUUACUCUGGUGGAGUGGGCCAAGAGAAUACCUCAUUUCUCCGAUCUGCCUCUGGAUGAUCAAGUCAUUCUGCUUCGAGCAGGAUGGAACGAGCUCCUCAUUGCUUCAUUCUCUCAUCGCUCAAUCACGGUUAAAGAUGGCAUCUUGCUGGGCACAGGCCUCCAUGUCCACAGGAGCAGUGCUCACAGUGCAGGCGUGGGAUCCAUCUUCAACAGGGUACUGACCGAGCUGGUGUCUAAAAUGAAGGAUAUGCAGAUGGAUAAGACAGAACUAGGCUGCCUUAGAGCCAUCGUCCUCUUCAACCCUGACGCCAAAGGCUUGUCCAACCCAGUGGAGGUAGAGGCACUGAGGGAGAAAGUUUAUGCCUCACUGGAGACCUAUACUAAACACAAAUACCCUGACCAGCCUGGCAGGUUUGCUAAACUUUUGUUGCGUCUCCCUGCCCUCCGAUCCAUCGGGCUCAAGUGUUUGGAGCACCUAUUUUUCUUUAAGCUGAUUGGAGACACACCCAUAGACACUUUCCUAAUGGAGAUGCUCGAAGCACCUCAUCAGAUCACGUGACACGAGUUCCAAUGGACCAUUUUUUGUACAUAUUCUUAUGUAACUAAUAUAAUAACGAACUUGAUUGAAGAUAUUGCAGUACGCUGCAAAUUUUAUACCAAGCACAAAUUAUUAUUAUUAUUAUUUUAUUUUAUUUUGUUAUUUUAUUUUAUUUUUGAAAAAUAUUGGCAGGGGAAACAGAGGAGUAAUUUUAUUGGUAUUGUAUUGAAAAGAAAUGUUUCUGUAAAUAGAUAAUAUCAGGUAUACAUUGUGGCAAGACAAUGCAAUAAAGAAAUUAUAUUUUAUUCAA